AUGACCUGCAAGGACCGGCUAACUGAGUUACGACGUAUAGCGAGUUCUGCCGCUGGUAGUUCAGAAAGCGAGCCAUUCGAUGUUGAGGGCGGGGAAGCAUUGCCGCCGCCCGCCCAGCACCAACAGAUACAGGAAAUUAUCAUAGAGGUAGAGAGGACUCGCGCUUGGAUCAAUGAUAUAAUACAGAACACUCUUCAUAUUCGGCGUCUGCACAGUGAUCCUACGUACCAUACUAAUACCGUACUACAGGAGCGGGUGGACUCAUUGAUAACAGCAUCAAACGCGAUUGGCCUGAAGGUAUGCGGCGCCCUUCGUCAGCUCGAGGAACGCUGCAAGUCAGCGGGAUCAGCGGCGGCAGGGCGCAUCACCAGACUACAGUAUGCGGUUACUCGCAGACUAUACGCUGAUGCACUUGAGGACCACCAUCGCGUACUGCAACUGCUACGGGAUCAUCAAUUACGCCUAUUGCAUGACCAGAUCAGACUAACAAAUCUAAGCAUAACAGAUGAAGAAUGCGAGCGGCUCUUAGAUUCAAACAACAUCUCCUUCUUUGUGGAUAAUGUAGAAGCAGAAACAGCACAGGCGCGACUGGCACUGAGAGAGGCUGAAGUGCGACGCGAUGACUUAGCCCGAGUGGAGGAAGCACUGAAGAACGUACGGGACUUGUUCCUUAACCUGGCGCAUCUAAUUGCUGCACAGCAAGAGCAAGUAGACAGCGUAGAAUAUUAUGCGCUGCAAGCAACUGAGCGGGUGGAGUAUGGCGGACAGGAGCUUCUGAAAGGGACAGUCUCCAGGCGAAAAGCAAAAAAGAAAAAGCUUGGGUUAAUACUAUGUCUAACAUCGGGUUUCCUCAUCGUCCUCUUAGUGCUUAUAAUCACGUAG